AUGAUCAAUAUGAUAGUGGAUGUUGGUGCUGAAGAUAUUCUAUUAUCGAGAACUUACGAACGCAAACGCGUUGAUUCACCCGGAGAGCAGCAACAAUUACCAAUUAUUAAUGCUAUUAACGCAUCUGCUGAUAACAAUAGUGAUUUUCAUAGAAAACCAAUCAGAAAUGGUUUUUAUCGAAUGCAAUUAUCCACUGACAUGAUGCAAAAUCUUGGGCAACUAUUCGGAGAUCAUGAUGAAUCGCAGCGAAAGAAUACCAAUUUCGUUGAUUUACCUCUGUGGCAGUGGCGUCAGAUCUAUCAAGCCUGGCAGGGAUUACCGGUCACUGGACGUCAUGGAGAAUUGGUCGUUUAUGAGGAUUUCGACGAUGAAUUUCCUGAUACGCUGAACCGUAUCAAUGAAGAAUUCAUUAGUCAGAACAACUUAAAUUCAUCGUUGCAAACGAAACGAAUUGUUAAAGCUAAGGAAGCGGGCAGAGGCUUUCGUAAACUGGAUACGGCCUCAAGAUUGCAGUUGAAUCAGCUCUAUGAGAAAUUUCCGGCGAUUGAUCGUAGUCGAAUCGACGAAUGCUUCAAGGAUAAUAAGUAA